AUGUCAGAAAAUGGAAAUAAAGCAGUUGUUUCCUGUUCAGAAGAAAAUGUGGUAAAGGACCCGAUACAAGAACACAGCGUAAUUCAGGAUGACUUCUCCGGUAAGACAGGAACAUACUCAGGAUCUAGUGAUACAAAUGUUGGUUUAACUAGAGGAGAUAGCAAGCAUUCACAUCUUCCAAGUGACACAGAAGUUGCAAUUAAGGACAGCCAGCAGUUGGAAACCGAUUCUCUUGAAAGAAAUGUGCUACCAAAGCCUGCUCUAUCAAUGAAUAAAAGUGGAUAUGGCAAUUCUUUCAGAGAAAGCACCAGGAAUGACAGUAUGCUACUUGAGAAUAAUCAUUCCACAGCAUUAGCAAGUCCACUCAAAGCUCCACAGAUUCAGGAAACCGCAAACAGCUUUUCGGAUGUUGCACUAAACGAUGAUGAUAAUAAUGAUUACACAAGUACAGUUCAUACUGCAGAUUGCGUUCCUCCAGAGCCCCCUAAAAUGACCAAUAAGUACGUUUUAAACGCAAAUUUCAACAAGGAAAGUCCGUCGGCAGUGAAGGAUUCAAGAAUACAGGAGGAGAAUUCAAUCCAUAGCGAUCAAUCCUAUCAAUAUUGGAUGCCAUCGGUUUUAAAAGAUCAAAGUUGGCCUCAAUCUGAUAGAAAUGCGUCUGGUGAAAACACUCAAAGCUAUCGGCAGCGAAUACGUAAGAAGUCGUCUCGAUUUGAUGUUCCUGAACAGCCCGAUGAUAAUUCCAGGCCUGUUUCUUCUGAAACUUCUUCUGCUGGUGAAAUAAUUCAAGAAAUCGAUACAGAGAGCAGUGAUGUCAGUGGGAGCGAAAAUAUCAAAAAUGCACCCAGUGUCAAUGUGCCUAAAGAUAAAGGAGAGCUUCUGGAGAAUCCGUAUUUGAGUAUUAGUGCCAAGAGCAACACAAUCUUGAAAAAUUCAGUGCUUAGCGAAAAUAGCGAGGCCGAGUGGAAGAAAUAUCGGAAUAACGAAUUCGUGAAACAUCUCAAGCAGAAUAAUUUUAAGCUCAAGCCGCCUUUUGAAGUAGCUCAUGAAGAAUAUCCGCCAGACACAUUUGCAAACAAGCCAAAGAAACACAAUAAAAGCACAGAAUCUGGAUCUUUUACACCAAGCUCUCCACUUAAGCUCUUUUGGGACCGCCAUGACACAUAUACAAAGGAUAAAUUCAAGGAUAUUCUGGGUCAUGUGAAUGGAGAACAAGCAUCAAAGCCAUCUCAGGGAAGCAGCCAGAUUCAAAAUCUGAAAAGUAAAGAUGAGGGGAAGGUGGCUAGCAUAGAGAGUUCUAGCGAUAUAGACGCUUCCGAAGUUGAUGAUGAUCGAAUAAGAAAUGUUCUACAGAGCGCAGAUAGUAUUUAUAACAAAGCAGUUGCUAAGGCUGCAGAUCGACUUCCACAGAAUAGAGAAACGCAAAAUGUGGAAGGCUCGGUUACAUAUUCCGAAGAUUUUACUUCUGAUGCUGAUGAGUUCGAUUCAGAACCCUCUGCUACGACUUUUUCAGCAAACAAUUACUAUCAAAACGGUGAUGAUAUUUUCCGGAAUCUCAAGCAGAAGUUUGGCAAACCAUUACCAAGGCCUGGAAGUGAAAUUUCCGACUACACAUUUGAUGGAAAUGGGGCGAACAAUAGGGAUGUGCUUUUAGAUUCACCAAUUAAAAAGAAAGCAUCCACAUCCGAGCAGGUAGAUCCCCACGAUGCUUCCUCAAUCAUAUCUGAAGUAAAGACCGAAAAUGAAGAUGAAGAUGUAAACGUUACCUCCUCUCUUGAACUCUUACAAAAGCAAUUAAAUAUCUCUUACAGCGACCUUGGACACACAGACAAACCUGUUUCCAUACCGAAGAUUGAAGAAGAAAAGGAAAACAAUGUCCCCACUGAUGAAAAAUCGACAAAUCAUGCUGUGACAAAAGUGAAUUCUGAUGAUACUGCCAUAAAACUAAAUGAAGCAGUUGGUGACGCUGGAAAAAUCAGCCCUGGAUCUCCAGCUAGGAUUGCACACUCAGGAAUGAAUUUUAUUUCUGCAGAGGAUUACAAGGACAAAGUAUUCGAUAAAAGGCAGAACAAAUAUAUAAGCAAGGAUGAAUACACAAAGCUUUAUGGUGCUGAUACGUUGUCUCCUGUUGAUAACAGCAAUAAGCUGUCUUCUAAUCCCCUUUCAGAUGAUAAAUUGGAUAGUUUGAGCGGUCUAUCCGAUAUCGAGGCACCUACAACUUCAAAGCCGGUUUCACCACAAGUUGAAGAAUACCAACCUCUGCACGUUCCAAGUCAUAAGACAAUCACCAAGAAAAGAAGCAGUCUUAAAAAGCCCCAUAGUAACGACACUCGUUUACGGCAUCAAGAGGUCUCUUUUAAGUUACCAGUGCAGGAAAUGAGGAAGGAAAAGAUUGAAGGGUAUCCCGCUAACGGAAAAAUGAUUCCGAGUGAUUCAACAUUGGCUGAUCUCUCCUUUUCUCAGACCAAUAAUUCCUUGGUUUCAGCAAUAACAGAGUCUUAUCCACAAGAAGACUGGGAGUUGGUAGAGCAGCUUGAUAUUAGCGAUAAAAAUCUUGACAAGUUACGCGGUCUUAACAAGUUCACACCCAAUGUCUGGUUAUUGGAUGCCUCACAUAAUCAUAUUUCACAUGUUGAAGGAAUUCCUCAGGAUAUUCAGAUUUUGAAGCUGAACGACAACAGUUUGACAAACCUAGCUUCGUUCCAGUUUACCAACUUGCAAGUUUUAGAACUGGACGGCAAUCAUCUUGAAAAUCUUUCAGGACUCGCGCCUUUAACAAACCUCACGAAGCUUAGCUUGGCUUCAAACAAUAUUGCGAAUAUUGAUCAUUUGGAGAACUUCAGAAUGCUUCGUUAUCUCAAUCUUUCGAAUAACGAAAUUUCCGGGCAGGUGGACUUUUCUAACUAUCAACUAUGGCUUUUAGAAGAUCUUAUCCUUGAUGACAAUAGAAUCAACUCUUUAAUUGGAAUAGAGAAUUUACCAAAUUUAGUUUAUUUAUCAGCAGACAGGAACAAGGUUAGACAGCUCAUCUGUCAAGGAGUGAGACAUGAAAAUUUAAAGCGGCUUUCACUUAAUUCCAACAUACUCACAGAAGCAUCGUUACAAUCGUUUCCAUUUUUAAAAAGGUUGUCAUUCAAUAGAAAUAACACGAGGCUCGUUGAUUCGAUAGGAAAGUAUUUAGAAAAGGUGUCCUUCAAAUAUCAGGGAUUCACAAGUUCAUCAGCCGGAGCACAGAUCAUUCAAAACAGUUUAAGAAGUUCAUCACACUUACAGGAGGCAUGCUUUACAGGAAGUAGUAUUGACUUUGAACAAAUCGACUUGUCUAGGGGAGGAAUGUUUUCCACUAUAACAAAUCUCAAUAUCUCUGCAAUGCAAUUGACGUCCCUACCUGCUAGCUUUAGCUCAAUUUUCCCACUCCUUGUGACAUUAAAUCUUAAUUUCAACAACUUGAAUACAUUAAGAGGUUUGCAUGGCUUAAAGCAUCUACGUAAAUUGAAAAUGUUAGGAAACUCGAUUGAGGAUGUGUCUGAAAUCAUAGAAUAUACUGAGGCUUCAAGAAACAGCAUCCAACUUUUUGAUCUCAGAGUCAAUCCUGUUACAAAAAGUUUCUAUCCGUACGUCUUUUAUGAUCCAGAGGAUAGGAAUGAGGAUGACAAAAACCAACUUUUUGAAGAAGAGGCAAGAAGUUCGAUGACCAACACUAAUGAUGGAAGUUUCGUAGAUGAAAGUACUGUACUGAAUUUAAAGGAUUUUGAUGAUAUUGAGGCCUUUUCUGUUGAGUACGAAAAGUUAUAUUCCACAGAUGAAUUACUACGCUGGCAUGAAAAAGAUGCCCAAUUCGAUAAAAAGCAGCCUGGAAUUACAUCAAAGCAGAAGAAAAUAUACCAGACUGGACUUAUUGUGUGGUUUCAUAAUAUUCGUUGCCUAGAUGGCCUAAAAAUAACGAGUAAGCGCCGUACGCAUGAAUACCAUCAGUUUUUAAAGCAAAGACGGUGA